UAUCACUUUACGAUCGGAUGGUUUCCUGUGAGAUCAAACCGGAUUUUCUUUGUUACGACUCUACUGUAUCACUUUUCGACCGUUUCGGUCGAUUCCGGAAUAAUAGGGCCCGGUCGCGUAUCGCUACCUCUUCCCUCACGUGCCUCUCGCAGCCGCAACCCUCUUCGUCCUCAACAAAAGAGGAGAACAAUCUCUUCCCCCUUCUCUCUCUCUCCCCUGCAACUCUCUUUCUCUCUCUCUCUCCGAUCCAAGAUAACCCCUCAAUAUCCGUGUCCGAAAUAGGGCGUGGGCGCGGGCGAGGCUGGUGGCCUGGCAGUGCCAUCGGUGGUGGCCGAGCACUCGGUGAUGAGGACUUCGCUUUGUUUCCUAAGAUUGAGGGAUUACCACCAAUCAGGGAUUUAACAGACGAAGAGAAGUUCCUUAUCGACAGGAAGAGGCACUUUGCGUCGUGGUGUAAGAAUUCCCCAUACUUCAUCAAAGAUAGAUCUCUCUCUCAUGAUACCUUAGCUCCAGAUGUAGAGAUGUACUCUGACAUGAAGGCAAAGGAAACAGUUCGACGUGCAACUCUUUUGGACUGCCUGAUUCUCACUCCAUCAAAUUUCCCUAUGGAGUUAAUUGAAGGACAAGCACAGCGAGAUAAAAAGAGGUCUUCAGCUCAUCGUAUUAAAGCUAAAAAAGAUUUACAUCACAUGGAUUCACUCCUUGCCAAACUCAAAGAUGAUGGAAAAGAUGAUGCUGACGAGGAUGAGGAAGCAGAGCAGGGUGAUAAAAAGAGAAAAAAGGGAGAAGAAGAUGAAGAUGAAGGCGAAGAGAUUGACAAUCUAGAAGAAGAGGAAGAUGAUGAGGCUAUCGGUGCUGAUGAUUAUACGGAGAAUUUUGGAUUUGAUGAUGACGAGGAUUUUCUUGAUGGUGAGGACGAUGGUGGGAAUGAUGAACCAACUUAUGAGUAAAGGACAAGAAUGUUGCUGCAUAUAAUGGAAAAUGCAAACAGAAAUUGCUCUUCUAUGGCACUGCAGAGAGUGUUUCUACAUCUUUGCGGCCUCAUUGGUCAGAAGCAGUGCAAGAAAGAGCUCGUGUUGUUCAGGCACAGGCUGAUAUGCUGGAAAUUGUUCCACCUGGGACUUCAAAAGGUGAAGGUGUGCACAUGCUGCUGGACCAUCUUGGUGCUAAAGCUGACGAGGUCAUGGCCAUAGGUGAUGGUGAAAACGAUAUUGAAAUGCUGAAACUUGCUUCACUGGGAGUUGUGCUUGAAAAUGGUGUAGAUAAGGCUAAAGCAGUUGCAGACGCUACUGCUGCGUCCAAUGAUGAAGAUGGAGUGGCAGAUGCCAUUUACCGUUGCUUUCUGAUACAGUAAUUCUUUCUGAAGAUGUUUAUUGUUGCACUGACCGGGAUUGCUUAGUGCAAAUCCCCUAAUUCAAGCGGGGUAUAAUUCUCUCAACCCCACUCAAAGAGAGAAAGAAGCUUAUAGUUUAUGAAAGAUUCAAAUGUAAUAAGAAAUACUAAAUUGCCAAUUUUCCUAUCCAACAAUGGAGGAAGAGAUCGUAUGUUCAAGUA